AUGAGCAACAUCUUCUUCUGGCUACCCAUGGAAGACCAGGCCAAAGUUUACGCUAUGAUGUGGCCCGGGAACUGGAAGAAGAAAAAGAAGGAGAAGAAGAAUUCCUCCUCAUCGGCGUCCCAGAGCAAGGACGCAUCUGGCUCUGGACAAAAGAAGAAGGCGAGUAGUAGUAGUAGCGGCAGCAAGGAUGGAAAGAUGGAGACUGAGGUCGAGACGGUGGAGUACAAGGAUACGUAG